AUGACCAGCUACCAGUCAUCCGUGGAACAGUGUAGAGUCUGUCUGCCUCAGAGGAUAAAAAUGCAAGGGGCCUCUUUUCAUGCAGGUUUAGUUCAUGGCUAUGUCUAUGAAAUGCCAAAUAUUCAAAUGAAAAUUGGAAAUGUUCUCAUGAAUAGAUCCAUAGAUAUGUUGAGUAUCUCAGCUCUCCUGUGUCACAUUCAAGCCUACAAACCAUUUGAGUACCAUCUCCUCCUUAUCUUUGUUCUCAGUCUCAUAGAUCUGAGAUCAGGUCAAUUUCGGGUGGUUGGCCCAGAUGAGCCUGUUCAGGAAUUGGUGGGAGAAGAUGUCAUUUUUUCCUGUCGUGUCUUAUCCAAGAUUAGUUUGAAGGACAUGGAAGUGAGGUUUUUCAGGAACCAAUUCUCUUCUGUGUUGCUUCUAGUCAAGGAUGGGAAAGAAAUGUGGGAGAAGCAAAUGCAGGAGUAUCAAGGGAGAACCCAGUUUGUGCAGGUAGCCAUUGCUGAAGGGAAAGUCUCCUUCAAAUUGAAGAAUGCAACAAUUUCAGAUUCAGGAAUAUAUGGAUGCCAGUUCACCUACCAACCUUUUGACCAGAUGCAUACUUGGGAGCUACAGGUGGCAGGUCAGUUGUUGAUUUCCAAUGACACGAUUUCUUCAAUGGGAUUGUCAGAUUGUUCUUACUCUUUGAUCAAUAGACAGAAAAGAAGCAAACAAGCAAGCUGUCUUUCCAAUAUCCCUGCAAAACAAAAAGACACAGAAACCUCUCUUACUAUACAAGAACCUCCCAAUGGGGAUAUCUCAUGUUCCAUACACAUCUGGGGCCUCAGAUAGGAGUCCAGAGUGAGAGCAGCUGGGAAACUUAUGAAAGAGCUGGGGGAGGUGACUCUGGAUCCAGAAACUGUUUACUCCAUACUCUGCAUAUCUGGAGACCGUAAAAAAGUGACUUGUGAAGACACUAAGGCUCCUGAUUUACCUGAAACUGAGAAGAGAUUUCAAUCUAUUGGAUCAGGGGAGGGUGGUGCUGGGGGCUUGGUUUGCCCUCCCCGACCUGGUGAUGGAGCAGAGGUCCCGGUGGCCACUGGCAGUGACCCUGUGUCCCUGGGAACCCCACACACUAAUUCUCUAGAUGGGGUCUGGGAGUGUUGCUGGUGUCCUGCCCACCCUCUUCAAUGGCCCUACCCUCAGCAGCAUCUGCAGCUGUGA